GGCCAGACGAGGCGGUCGCUCAGGGCCACCCGUCACGUCCCCGCAGUCGCAGUGCGGAUUGCCCUGGCACUAGCGGCUGUGAGUGUAUAUUUGUAGCGUGGCUUUUGAUUGUUUUCUAUUAUUUCACUUGUUGGGGUAGUAUCGAGGUUGCCGAGAAUCCCUCCGCUAGUGCAUUGUGUAAGGUUGUGAACCACAAUUUCAUAAAUCCAACAGAAGAGUGAAACUUUCAUCUGUGAAUGCUGAUAGUUUUUGGAGACCAUUGCAUUGACGGGCAAGACGGUCUGAGAGUCCACACGAGGUCAGCUGUAUCGCAGAAGAUUGGAGGGUGAGCUGGGCCCGGCAGGGCGGAUGAACCACUUCUUCGGCAGGUGGACGGCUUACGAGAUCUGCCCCACUUGACUCCAUAAAUCAGCGAGUAAGCGAUCACCAUGUCGCUCCACGGUGGAACUCAGAUGGACAGUAAGCAGGCUGCCCGGGCGGUCAUCUUCGAGAGGAAGCUGCUUAUACUCUGUCUGUGGCUGGCGGCGAUGAGUCUGCUCACAUGGAUCGUAUCCAUAUCGACUAACUACUGGUACGUGACCCGGUGUAUUGGAGCAGACGAAGAGGAGCACCCCGGUCUUCCUGACAUCAGCCGUGCCGCCCUUCUCUCGGCUCACGGCGGCCUCUGGAAGUCCUGCAAAACCGUGCUGGAUAAUGAUACAAACCUGCCCGGUCAGGCGUUUGUUAUAACGGCCUGCCGAAACCACAAGGUGUUCAGCGUUCCAGAACUGCCGGCAGACCAUCCCAUCAACGUACUCAUAGGAUUCUGGCGGACCAGCCUGGCGUUCUCGGUGCUCUCUGUGCUGAUGCAGCUGCUCACCAUCUUCUUCUCAUGGUACUCGAUGCGGGUCCCGCGCUACACCUUCAAACGCCUCACCGGCUGUCUGUACUUCAUUUGCGCCGGUGUGAAGCUGGUCGUGAUUCAGGUCCAAGAGUCGGUGGUGAAGUAUGAAAACACUGCCAGACCGUCGAAGCUGGACCCUGACCAUUGUACCUGGAGCUACGGCUAUAGCUUCAUCAUGGCGCUGGUAUGCUUCAUCACCAACAUCGUCUGUGCCGUCUGCGUGUUCUACACCUCGGGCAAGAAGAAGAAGGUGCAUCCUCUCAUGGCGACACUUCAUCACGAUCAUGAACAUAUGGGCGACGACGAGCCAGUCAUCUUCUCUGGUAGAUAGACGUUUUGUGGGGCGAUGGAAAAAGGUAGUGAGUGCGGUGUUAAUGGGUGAGUGUGACGCUAUUUGAAAGCGUGACGUCAGUUGAGAGUGUGACACUCGUUUAUUAGUGUGACAUUUGUCACUGAUGUUAGUAACAGUGUGAUGUCAGAUGUCAGUGAGGCAUCAGCAUAAAGAUGGUGACGUCUGAUUUUCAGAGGGUCCCUGUCCAGUGUCCAUGGCCGUGGCUAAGAUUGUGAUAUGAACUUCGAUGUCAGGUUAUUUCAGUACGCCAUUGGAUUUAAUUGGCCUUUUUUUAUUUAAUGGCGUUUUCAAGCAAUGUCAUUCCAGGUUUCUUUUGAAUUGUGAUAUAACUACACAUUGAAUGGUCUUCUUAUUGGCACUUGGCAGAUAUGGCGAUUAAGGCACUCGAAAUAUUGACAUUCCGUUUUUGUAGCAAAAUACUUCGAAACGAUUUGAGGUCACUAAUUCACUAUUGUUCCAGAACGAAUGAUUAUGUCAUGGUCAUUUGCUCUAAUUUGUAUAGAUACUAAUCGAUCGAGGCAUACUUUAUUUUUAUUCCAUUGCUGCCGUUACCUAUAUAACCAAUUCGUAUUGAAUGCUCGACUACUCAAUAGUGAUUGCAUACAGUGCAUAUAUUCAACGAUUGAGAAGCUAAUGCCUAAUAAUUCAAAGAUGCCAAGCCAAGCAUUGUUUUAUGCGGGACUAAUCGGCGCAAUUACUCGGGAUAAGAAUGGUGUUAUUUGCUAUAUAGAAAUAGCCGCAAUAACCACGGUAUCGACAAAGCGAAACCUUUUUUUUAUAGAUAUUUGUGAAAGAUGCGAUACUGCUGUGCCGAUUUCUGACAUUUUUGUGAACCGAGGAUCAGUCUAUUAAGGUGUACCUUUUUUAGAUCUGGUAGUGGGACCAGCGUGUUUUCUACUGUGCUAAGUGCCAAUAGACGGUACGAUUGUGCA